GAUUCAUCUGUAAGUCUGACAGCACCCACAACGUCCGUCGCUGGUACAUGGAGGUCCCAACCCUUCACGCCACCCAUCACCUCCAGGGGGAUGACGACACGGACAAGGGGAUGUUCACAGAGCUCCGGUCAAAGGUCGACAACAUUGAGGUGCGCAUGAGUGAGCAGAUGCAGCAGUUGAGGACGAGUGUGGAGGAGGUACAUAGCGCUCUGAGAGCUGUAGAGAGGGCGCUGGACGGGAAGCCAAGGGCUCAGGCUGCCACAGAAGUGGGGAAAGAACAGAAGACGUAGUAGUUCAUUGAUAUGUGUGUUAUAUUUUUCGAGAAGCCGCGGGCUCAAGGUGUCACAGAAGUGGGGAAAGAACAGAAAACGUACUAGUGAAAUAAUAUAUGUUUCGAACAUUUUGAGAAGUAUCAGUCUCAGGCUACCACAGAAGAGGGGAAAGAACAGAAGACGCAGUAGUUAAUUGAUAUGUGUGUUAUAUUUUCCGAGAAGCCGCAGGCUCAAGGUGUCACAGAAAUGGGGAAAGAACAGAAAACGUACUAGUGAAAUAAAAUAUAUGUAUCGAACCUUCUGAGAAGUAUCAGUCUCAGACUACCACAGAAGAGGGGAAAGAACAGAAGACGCAGUAGCUGAAUGUGUAGCAAGAUGGAAGCAGCUGCACAACUCUCCUCAAGGCGGGAAGUGAACAUUGGACGGAAUGCCGCGGUGUCAGACUGCCACAGAAGUGGGGAAAGAGCAGAAGGAGCAGUAGUUAAAUGAUGUGUUUCAAAGUGGCAGCAGUUGCACAGCACUAUAAGGGCCGUGAUGCGAACACUUUACGAAAUGUUGCUAUCUCAGGGUACCACAUAAGUGGGGAAAAACAGAAGGCGUGGUAGUGAAUUGUAUCAAGAUGACAGCAGCCGUGCAUGCUCCAAAGCAAUUAUUCGUUUUUUAAUAGUUUGAUUUUAGUAAGAGCUUCACCGCACAAUUAGGUCAUAAAGGCGCCGAAGAAGAGAGAGUAACAAACAUG